CUGCGUACGAGUGGGUGUCUACUUCGCCGGUCCCUUCAGAGGUCAGUCUUACUCAGAGACUUCUAGCCUGCACUCAUCAUGCUUGAUGAGACUUUUUUUUGCACUCUCCUCUGCCGGGUUCAUGUACUGUACAUACGUCGGCCAUGCAGGACACUGGGUCUUCGUUCUUGGCCAGAUACAAGAUGUGGCCAAUCCAUCCUACUUCCAGAACCAUGCCCGGAGGAUCAGGGUCUAGCAUUGAACGGAUGUGCGGGUUGCUGGGCGUCUCUCAUCGACUACGGUCGUCCUCCCUGUCAGUGCCUAUUGGAGGACUGACUACACCAAGCAAACUCAGCCAAGGGCAUGAACAGCCCCAACCCAGCCGCCUGCUGCCGGCCACUCGAUCCCGAGGUACUGUACCUGCCCGUGCACCGUAUCUGACCCGCCUGUCAUGUACUGUGUACUACACCGGUGGAUCGGGUCGGAGACCCUCCUCGCUGGACGGGAUUAGCUGUUCUCCCUCCUCCUCCUCCUCCUCCUCCUCCUCUUCCUCCCUCCCUCCGCCAGAGCCACAACCUAGCCUAACCUAUGAACGACGGGUCCCCAUCACCACCCGAGACUCGACGGUGCUUGAUGAUUGGAGAGACCCGAAAGUAAGCGUGAAGCAGGAGGGGUGAAGGGGGGGAGCUCGUCUUGCCACUCAACCCGACCCGAGAAGAGACCCUAGACACACACCCUUUCGGUGCAUGCGAUGAAGGGGACCUGGAGUGAUAUCUGGCUGCCUAAUGAAGUGGACCCGGGAACAGGCGCUGGCCAUCCCAAC